AAAUUGAAUGUUAUUGACACAAAACCAAUGGUGAGAUAUUUGUGUUGCAUUUUGCUGUGUCUUGAAGUGUGUGCAGUAUUGGCACAAAAUGGCAAAAAUAAGACAUUGAAUAAAAAUUGUCUUCAAUCCGAGUUUGACAGACACUCGAGUAAUGUGUUCGGACAGUUCGGACUACCGGAGCUCAAGUUUCCUGAAUCCCGGUCCCAGUUGACCACAUACUGCAGAAAGGCCAAAGAGAGCACAGAUUUUUCGAAACAGUACGGAACCAAUUGUCUGAAGAGCACAUCCCAGACCCUGAUGUCUUUGGCCACAUAUAACUUCGACAAAGUUAACAAACAGUACUGCGCCAAGAAUGGCAAACUCAAGGAUGCCUGGGUCAAUUGGUCUAAGUGUGGCAACAAGGCUAAGCCUAAUACGGAAAAGUGCUGGGACACUAUGAUUGUGAACAUGGCUAACACCAAGAACGUUAAGAAUAUUAUGUUACGCACUUAUUACACGUGGAUUAAAUGUACGCGAAAGGCAUUGGAGGACAUGGGUGAGAAAACAUGCAAACCAGACGCUGUGGACGGGUAUGCCGUACACAUCAAUAAGGCA